GUCGCGGGGCUCCGUAGGGUUCCACAUCUUGCGGUACACCCCCAUCUUGUCCGCCAGGGACGACAAAGCCCGGGGGGUCCCAAGAAGCGUGGGCGCCAGGGACCACACUCGGACCCUGGAUCCCCAGUGAUGCGCAUGCGUUCGAGAGGCCUCGAGGCGGGGUUGGGGCCUGGCUCCCGCGCGCCCCUCAACGGCGACCCGCUCAACGUCUGCCGAGGCCACGCCUUUGCUAUCGAGUAGGCGGAGAAGGGGGCGGGAUUUAUCCGAAGCCAAUCACCUGUGGAGGACAGAAAAGGCGGGAAGAAGUGGAACUUAAAAAAAGGCUGAGGUGGCGCCUGGACGCACAAGCUGAGGCGGGCAGAAGGAAGAGCGGACCUCCGAGUGCCGAACUUUGGGCUCCGCCCUCGGGGUGGCCCCUUUCCUACGGCGUUCCCUUGGGGGCCUGGCACUCCCGCCCCACUUUCCUGGACGGGAGGCGCCAUUCGAAGGUAGCCGUGAUGCUCCUCCUGAGGCAGCUGGAUGCCGAGGCCCCACACACCAGAUGCCAGCCUGAGACAGUGCGCUUUCCAGCCGAGCCUGGAGCACGCCAGCAGUGGUACCCAGCAGGCAGCACCCAACACCUUCCCCAAAGGAGAGCAGCCACCAUGCACCUCCCUGAAAGUCUGCAGGACCUGGCAGACAGUGAGGCUGUGCGCUUUUUGAGGAGGCCAAAGAACAUCUCUCGGAUCUGCGGAGGGGUCUUCUCCCUGGUCAUCUUCUCCUCUCUGCUGACGGAUGGCUACCAGAACAAGACAGAGUCUUCUCAACUUCACUGUGUCCUCAAUAGCAACCACAUGGCCUGUAGCUUCUCUAUAGGAGCCAGCUUCCUGUCCUUCCUCAGCUGCUUGGUCUUCCUCGCCCUAGAUGCCCAAGAGAGCUGCAUCACUGGCACCCGCUUCAAGACAGCCUUCCAGCUCUUGGACUUCAUCUUGGAUGUCCUCUGGGCAGGUGUCUGGUUUGUGGCCGUCUGCUUCCUAGCCAGCCAGUGGCAGCAUUCAAAGUCCAAGCACUUCCUCUUGGGGAAUAGCAGCGCCAAGGCAGCCAUUGCCUUUGCCUUCUUCUCCAUCCCUGUCUGGAUAUUCCAGGCCUAUCUGGCCUUCCAGGACCUCCAAAACGAGACUCCAGUCCCCUACAAGCGCUCCCUGGAUGAGGGUGGUGUAGUAUUAAACACCCUCUCACCACCAUCCUCCACUAGCCUUGCCAACCCACCUACCAUGUGCCCCAACAGCCUGAGUUACACCAGCUCAGCCCUGUCUCCCUACCUGACUACUCAAAAGGCCCCUCGCCUUACUAUGAUACCAGACAACUAA